AGCUUGCGCCGCGUCACUCGCACCCGUACGGCGUUUCCUCGCAGAUAAACGAGAAAACGAGAAAGAGACAGAGAGACAUAGACAGAGGGCGAAGAAGAGACUCGAGUUCCUUCCACCGUACAUCACACCGCACAGACAAGUGCACGACAAGUUUUCAUCGAGCAGCGUUCUAGAGACACAACAGCGGCAGUAAUAAUGAAGAUCGGUCUCAUCGGGCUCGUCUGCAUCGGCGUCUUCGUCCUGGCCGAGAGCGUCAGCGCCGGUCCUUACUUCGACGACGAGGAAGAGGCCCUUGCGUCGGACGCGGACUACUCGGACAACGCACUGGAGAACCUGAUGCACGCCGUCCAGCAAAAACGUGCCUCGUGGAUCUCUAUGUACAGGCGCGCGUGCGUACGUCGCAACGGGAACUGCGAUCACCGGCCGAACGACUGCUGCUUCAGCUCGAGUUGCCGCUGCAACCUCUGGGGCUCCAACUGUCGAUGCCAGCGAGUCGGGCUCUUCCAGAAAUGGGGAUAAGUCCAUCCCCAGAACAGCUUUUCUCUGCUCUACUUCACCACCGCUGCUGCUGCUUCUUCUUCUUCCUCUUCUGUAUGAACUUCGUCUCCUUUGAUACUCGGCCUUUUCCUUGUCCCCCCCGACACAGCCACAGACACAGCUUGUUCGAGAGAAAAAUGUAAAAUGUAUAGAGGAGAAGGCUAUAACGAACCCCAUACACGCAGUGCGAGCAAAAGAAGACUAUGAUUACGUAUGGUAUACUGUACACGCGACACGACGAAGAUUUAUCAUUAUACGCACCGAUGUUACCGUUUAUCAUUUGUAUAUUCUCUGUGCCGAUUACUGGAUGGGCUUCGUAUACGAAAAAUCGACUUUCUAGAGUGUCCGGAUAUGUAAGCUUCACCUUAUAACGAAAUUUCGUUUCGACGCCGCAACAGAGUCAAUAUACAACAAUCGAUGCUGUGUGUAUUACCUAUAUAUAGAGUCCGAUAUUUUCGCCGAUGCACCAGAGUAUGUAUAGCCGAAAAAUGAUGUAGUCUCCCGCCGCAAUAGUCCCACGCAUAUGGUACACACACACACACACACGCGCGCGCGCGCAGCACGUCGUCUUUAUAUUGUGUCUAUAUAGUUGAAGGCCGAGAAUUCUGUACACACGCACCCAGACGCUCGACAGAGAGCCAAAGACGACCUUCUCGCGAGUCGUUGUUCUCGAGGGAUUUUCAAGACUGUCGAUAUAUACUGAACAAAAUGAGAUAUAUAGUUUUUUCUUAAAAAACAAAAAGAGAUAAUAUGUAAACAAAACUAAACAAUAACAAGAUAUAAACGUCGUUUCUCAUCAGGCCGGUUUAGUUUCUCCUCUGGAUCAAUGUCGAACGAAAAGCUGCUGCCGGCGCGACGCCGCCACUUGUACGAAUUAUAAUUGUGCUUUCGAGAAGAAAACGCUUCGUUAUAUUGCUUUUCGUAGACGCAGUUUUGGUGUAACAUUGACAAUCAAUUCGCGAGAGACGCUGACAACGUACGAUCCUUUAAUUUAAAUUAUUCAUCAAACAAAGUUCCUCAAAUCAAGUUCUAUAAACAAAUUAUUAUUUCCCAACGCGUCGAGCGAAGAGUCACGUAGAUUCGCAUUUUUCGCGCUACGUAACUACAUCACACACAUGCGUCAGCCGUGUCUAUAAGGGGGUUAAUGGCCAAUCUCUGGCAGCUUAGCGCGACGGUAUUAGCAGCGUAUUAUUAUUAUUGUCCCGCCUAAUUGCAUCAAUGCGCGCGUUGCGCGGUGUACACGAAAUUUCACGCACACAUAGAUAUAUGCUUUCGGCGCGGUGUCGUCCGCAGCAGCUGAUGCAGAUCAAAAAUGAAAAAUGAAACAAGCGAAAAAAAUUGAUAAAAAAAAAAAAAAAUUAUAUAGGAAAGUUGA